GAGCGCAGCGUAACGGAGCGCGCUUCGAUCCGACGAGAAGGGGGACAUCCCCGAUUCCCUCGAAGACCCUACCCAAGAAAAUAUUUCGAUAUUUUUUUUAUUGGUGCGCCAGCUAUACAUGGGAACGAAGUUCGACAUCUUCUCCCUGAUCAUUCUCGCGUUUUGAUGGAGAUGGCGGUACAUGGAAGACAGAGCUCCUUCCAACACCUGAAGCCUGGUCCAAGAUGAUGACUUCAGGGAUAUUUUGAGAUAAAGAGAGUAAACACCAACUGCUGCAUCUGGGAAGACCUCGGUUCUCUUCUCUUUUUCCUCCUGCAAUAUUAUAUUCCAAAAGAGGGGAACCGCAACUAAAAACAAGGCGACCACCAAACUCCGGUCAGCUAUAUGAAGAUCGCGACACGGUGGCUGGUUUUCCCUUGCAGAAAUGCCCGUGCGUGCGGUGACCACCAGGUUCAUGUACAAGGGAAUUUGCACUAUUCCAGAUGUCCUCUCCUACCGGCCCCCUGUCAUUUUGCCCGAGGACGAGGUGGAAGAGAUCCGCGAGGCCUUCAAGGUGUUCGACCGCGAUGGCAACGGGUUCAUCUCCAAGCAGGAGCUGGGUGUGGCCAUGCGCUCGCUGGGCUACAUGCCCAACGAGGUGGAGCUGGAGGUCAUCAUCCAAAGACUGGACAUGGAUGGUGAUGGGCAGGUCGACUUUGAAGAGUUUGUCGCAUUGCUCGGACCCAAACUCUCCGCCACUAUGCCCGAUAAGUUCUACGGAGCAGACUUUGAUUCUGUCUUUUGGAAGUGUGACAUGCAGAAGCUCACGGUGGACGAGCUGAAGAGCCUGCUGUACGACACGUUCUGCGACCACCUGACCAUGAAAGACAUCGAGAACAUCAUCAUGACGGAGGAGAGCCACCUCAACAGUCCCGAGUGCCAAGUGGAUAUCGAUACAAGCCCAACACAACAGGUGAAGCACACCUGCGUGCGGAAAAGCCUGAUUUGUGCCUUCGCCAUUGCGUUCAUCAUCAGCGUCAUGCUCAUUGCGGCCAAUCAGAUGCUGCGAAGAGGUAUGAAGUAAAACAAGUGUCCAAUAGGAUUCGUCACCAGGGGUUGUAUAAUCACACAAAUGUUCCAUUGUAAAAGUGAACCUGAAGAUUAUUUGUCUUUUAGAUUUUAGAUUAUUAUUAUUUCAACUGUUUUUUGACCAAAUUUGACCAAACACUAUGACACCUCCUUGGACAAUAAAGACUUCAGGUUUGUUGGUAUAUGCGAGCCAAUAAUAACGCAAACAUAUGAUACUGAAAAGUAAGCAAUGUGAGUAUGAAAGAAGGUCAAAAGUGCAGAAGUAGAAAGAAGUAAAAGUUUAUUAAAAAAGGAUAAAUAGAGGAAGAGCCUUAGAUCGUUUUAUUUUGUUAAAGGGCUGAAUGUAUCCUAAAAUAUUCGUUUUCUAUAAAAAAAUACAUCCAAAACAAUAAACUGCAAAACACAAAUUGAUCAGGCGGAAACUGAAAUGGGCUACUAACACUUAUUAGCACAUACUGCUUUUAUGGUUUUGUAGCGCCUGGAUGUGUUGCCACCCUAAUGUGCGCUUGAUUUACAACAUGGUUUGCACUAAAAACGAGAGAGGGACUGAACAGGCUUCACUGUGUAACACGAACACUCUCUAGGACAACAGCAAUGUACACCAUCUUAAACUGCAAAUGUAGGAUUUAUAUCGAGUGGAUUAAAUGGCCCGUUUAUCGGAACACGCUGAGGAAGAUAAAGAAAAAACAAUACCAAAAACCAAUCUGGAUAAAUAAGUGGUUGAUAAUAACCUUUUGUUUGUGCCAAAGUGUACAACAAAAUUACAGAUAAAAUACAAAGGGCACGGCACAACAAUAUAAAGCAGAUCUGUUGAGAAUCUGUGUAGCAAUACGUUUAUGCAACACACAGAAAACCAACUCAAAGUGGGAUUUCUGCUGAGCAUUACAUAUCUGUAGAAAGUACCAAUGCUGCAUUCAUAUUUGUAUCCACUGUUAGAAAGACCAUGUUAGCUAUGUUUUGAACUGAAUUGUAAUAAAUCCAAUGUGACAAUAUCAGUAAAAUAUCCGUAUUUUACUACCAAUAAGAAUGAGGGUAUUGACAGGCAGUUUACCCAAAAUAAAUAUAAACACACAGCUCAUUUGCAUGUACACUACAUUCGAAAGUGUUUGGAUUUAAUGUAAGAGCAGAUUCCUGAUGUAUUUCAAUGAUUAUGCAAAUUGUAAAGUGAUGUUUCGAAAAUAUCUAUAUCUAAAUGUCUAAUUUUGUGUGGACAUUGAGACAGUUAAAAACACAACAUUAUUUGUUUUUUUAACACUCAAACAUAUCAUGAACAGGGUGGUUUUGGUUGGGUUAAUACAUGGAAACGAAGCAACAUAUUUUCAGUAUUGUUUAAAAUGCAACAUAGUUAUAUUUUCUUACUUGAAAGAGUGACUCAUUAAACCUGGGGAUUUUAUGACGAAUGUCUACAUACUAUUCUUUAGGAGGGGAAAUCUAUCAGGUUCUCAUGUGUCAUUUGGUGCCCAGUUCAGUUGACCUGGAGUUUGGUGGGAACGCUGAUAGGAUUACUUGCGCGUCUCUAACGCCAUGCACUUACAUUAGCUUUCCCUCUCCUGUCAAAGAUUUAUUUUUCUUUUACAAAUCUUCGUCAUGUCAAAAUGACUUUUAACAAAUAACGAUAUAUUUUUCCUCUUGCCGUUUCUAUCCUGAAGUUUAUUAAAUCUUUACCAUUACAGAGAAGAAUGUGAGCUGGGAGUUAACAAGAAUGCUAGCACGGCAUUAUGGGAAUUCUAUCUUGUAUCUAGUUCCUGUUUGUACGUGAAAACUAUUGAUGUGACGUUGCUCUACACAUGUUAUAAUAAUAGGGUAUUGCAUUUAUGUGUGAUAUAUACUGUAGCUAUUGUAUCAAUAAUGACAGUGAACCAUUACUCUGUAUCUUACUCCGUAUGUUACAGUUUCUGAAGGUUGAUGAAGUAUAAUAAGAGGAUAUGUCGUUUAAAGAUAGACAACAUAUCACGGAAUCUUUGGUUUGCACUGUAGAUGUUUUCCGUUCUGUGUUUCGUAUAUAGUAUUACGGUCAAACACUGUGCAGAACUAAUGUCAUGUCUUAUCGUAGCUACUUAAAUGUUUUAGACAUUUAUACAGAUCCAUUUGGUGAAAUGCACUCUCUUCGUAAAAUAUUUAAUAAACUGCUGCUGAAUGUCAGUCACUUAGACUGUCACUAAUAAUGUUAGUAUUAAUAAAUGUCAAUGCAAUAUCUAGUUACAAAAUGGAAUGGAAAAUCCCUGUGUGAAUCAAUAAAAGUCUUGUCUCUUUGGAUGUUACACCUUACGUUUUUCUAAUGUCCAGGAGAAAAGUGAAUUCGUUCCUAUGUUACUUUGGUUACUGCAUCAUUUAAACAUUCAUGUAGCCGCUGUCUUGAUGCAUGGAGUCCAAUAAAAAAGAAUUGCA